AUGAAAGUCCUCGGGAAAGACGAACCUAUCACCAAGUUCGAGGCCUUCCUAGUCAUCAAGAACGAACUGGAGUACGCCAAGCAAAUAGACAAGCACCUCUGCAGUAAGCUGAUCCUAAAAAAGGAUGACACCUUUAAAGAAAUGUAUGAGAAAUAUUUUAUGAAACUCCUAUCCGAUAAAAUCCUCUACAAAGGAAUACAAAAAUACAUCGCCGAUACAAGCCCCCACUUGAUACCAAAGGAAUUCUACAACAAGGACUCUCACGAACUGGCAGAAAUGACCAAUAGCACUUCAGACAAAAUUGUUCAGUUUUUUAAAGAAAUAAAUAUGUACAAUUUGGAUAAGAAGGAAAAAAUCCAGAUGAUCGACAUAAACUGCGUUAAUUUUGUGGACCUCUACGUGAUUAUGAACUAUGGGGAGAAAAAGUGCGAUGAAAACAACAUUGAGCAUAUGCUACACUUGUUGAAGAAGGUUCAUAUCUCUCAUGCUGAUACCCCCUCGGAGGAAAACACCUAG